UCAUGGGAAUACGGGUGGGGAAAAGUAACGUCUUAUUUGUGUCAGUGCUGAACUUCAAGGAAGUGUUGGAUAAUUUCAGCUAGGCACUCCACUGUUUCACCUGUCGAGCAACGAUGGAGAAGUUGCGUCGUGUAUUAAGUGGUCGAGAGCAAAAUGAAGAAGCGGGACUUACAUCACAGAUCCUGGACAGCACAACACUCAGUUUUGGCACACGGGUGAAGUGGUUUGUCAUUUGUUUCGCAGGAGGGGUCCUGUGCUCUAUACUUGGAACUGCGCUCCUCUUCUUACCUAAAGCUGGUGUUAAAUUGUUCGCUUUAUUCUACACCCUUGGAAAUAUCGCAGCACUUUCAAGCACCUGUUUCCUGAUGGGCCCUUUCAAACAGCUGAAGCGAAUGUUUGAGCCCACCAGGCUUUUAGCCACCAUUAUGAUGCUGCUAUUCCUUGUGCUGACUUUAUGUGCAGUGUUUUGGUGGAACAAAAGAGGCCUGGCAAUCAUCUUCUGUAUUUUGCAAUUUUUGGCCAUGACAUGGUACAGCAUCUCCUACAUUCCAUUUGCACGGGAUGCUGUUAUGAAGUGUUUCACCACCUGUUUGAGCUGAAUCUGACGAUCGUCCUGAAUACUAAACGUCAAAAACGGAUCUCCAAACCACACUGUUUUCAGUUACCUUAAAAUAACAUUUCCUCUUGUCUUAAUAUAAUAAUUUUAAAAAAGAAUUGUGUGAUAUUAAGAGUAUGUGUAAUAUUUGCAUUUAUUGCAAGCCUUACCAGUUUUUUAUUUUUUUUUAUUUUGUUUGUUUGUUUGUUUUUUUGUCUGUGGCGGAUAAAUGCUUAAUAGAGAAUAUACUGCCAGUUAAAUCUGAGUGAAAACAAGGGUCUUGUUAUAACAUGUGACGUUUAUAAAUGAACUCAAUUACUACACUGUUCACUUUUGUACAGGAAAAAAAAUGCAUUUCUACCAAAUAUAUUAACUAAAAAUGGGAGAAAAGCCUUUUCGUAUGAUACAGUACCAUGCACCAAAUAAAUAAAUGCAGUAGCCUACUCAA